AUGGGUAACACACAUACAAAAGAUGCCAGGGGCGGCACUCGCAUAGGAGCCCAGGGGGUUCGUGGGGAUCCUGGUGGAAGUUCAUCUGGUGCCGGCUACCAUGGGGAACUCCCUGAUCGAUCGAGACGUUCUAGUCGACCGGACUUGAGUAGUUUAGGUCUAUCAUUGGGUGGCCAGUCAAGCUCACGCCAUCAGGAUGCCCCCUUCGAGCAUCGAGAGACAAAGCAAGAGAAGGAGGCUAGGAGGUUGGAGAAAGAACGAGCAGCCCGGAUCAAGGAGCGCGAGCGUAGUAUGAAAGAGGAACAUGUGGACGGUGGCUAUCUUGUGACGAUGGGCGUCUAUAACGCCUCUGAGGACUUUAGUAAACCAGUAGUACGCCAGUUACAGAUCGAGAGAAAACUCGCACCGUUCUGGCGUGGGCUGGACGAUUUCAACGAGAAUUGGGCAGAGCACCAGAUAAUAGCUGCGGCCCGCGGUCUCGAGAUCCCUCCCGCCGAUGAAGUCCCCGAGCAUCUCGUUCCGCAACCUAGGUCAACCGGCUCCCCAAGCGCUUCGACUCAGAACCUUACCGUUCCGAUGAGUCCUCGGACUCUUUCGAUCCCCUCCGACACCCCUGGUUCAAAUCCGGGCUCAGCUUUACCAUCCCCUACCUCUCCUGGUAUCCCGAGGACCAACUCACCUUUUAAGCCUCACAAGAAAUCUCUAGCCGCAGCCCUCAAUAUAUCUCGAAAUAGUUCACAUACGGAUAUCAUUACACCACGCGAGGUGAACUUGCCCCACGACCCAUUCGUCAACGGCCAGCCUCUCGAAGUUUUUCUAUACAAGGACGGAAUUGAAUGUCCCCUCUGUCUUAUGUACUAUCCCCCGUACCUGAAUCGUACUCGCUGCUGCUGUCAGAUUAUUUGCAGCGAAUGUUUCGUUCAGAUCAAACGCCCUGACCCACAUCUUCCGGAGCACCAUCCCGACGAAGAAGGCGGCCAGGCAACACAAAAUCCCGAGGAGCGAGAAGGCGAACUUAUCAUGGAGCCGGCCAAAUGUCCAUAUUGUACCCAGACAGACUUCGGCGUGACGUACGAGCCUCCCCCUUUCCGCCGCGGGUUGACGUAUGCGUUCAACAACGCCACGAUGGGUACCAUAAGCACGGCGAUGUCAUCUUCAAGCUCCCUCAAUUCAACCCUUUCGCCGUCGUUGACCACGUCCCCUGCUAAUGCCAACCGACGGCGGACGCAGAGUGUUUCUGCCAGCGCGCCGGGAGUUAUCACCACCGAUCGCAUCCGGCCCGACUGGUCUACGAAGCUAGCUGCCGCUCGUGCGCAGCAGCGCCGCAGAGCGGCAGCUGCAGAUGCUCUACAUCAUGCCGCUUUUGUGAUGGGAAACCAAGAGUCCCGCACGAUCUUCGGUCGAUCGUCCCGUUUUAGCCGUAGGCAUGCAGGAAGCCACCGGGGAAAUGAGAGUCCGAGCGGUAGCUCAAAUAUUCAAGCAAACGAUGGUGGUGGUGGCGACGGCCCCGCGGGUCCAGAGCCAGGGCCUCGUACUCUUUCAAAUCGGAGCGGUCCAAACCGGGAACGGAUAGAUGCUGCACACCUCGAAAACCUUAUGAUGGCGGAGGCGAUUAGGUUGAGCCUGGCAGAUGAGGAAGAGCGAAGAAAGAAAGAAGAAAAAGAAGCCCGUAAGGAGGCAAAGAAACGAGAGAAAGAAGAACGAAAGUCUGCAAAAAAGAAGGGCGAUGUGUACGGAGGCGGCGGUAGUAGUGCUAGCGCAAGCUCCCUUAGUCUGGGAUUCGGGCGAAGGCGAGGUAAUAGUGCUACCAGCAACUUACGUACCGAAGUUAGUUCAGCUACCCAGGCCAGUAGCGGACCUACAAAUCCAGUCUCUAGUUCCAGUUCGGCCUCCCCAAACGACAAAGGAAAGGCAGUUGACCGCAACGAAAAUGAAGAGGGUCAAGCAAGCGGUUCCGGCGUUGCGUCUCUGCCGAUUCCCGCUUCCUCGCAGCCUCCUCGGGGAUCAUCGCAUCUUCGUCAGAUGAGCAACGCCAGUUCAGUUAGCUCUAGCGGGGUUGAGAGUACGCCGGCAAGCUAUACUGGUAUGCAUAGUAAUGCAGAUAGCGAGGAUCCCCGGUCCAGCGGUCUAAGCUUAGCUGCACGCAGUGAGGAGGGUGAUAGUGCGAAUUCGGAACCCAUGUUUAACUUCAGAAGCUUGGCGGAGAUGGUUGGUGUCCCUCUAGACGGCGAGGCCCCAUCACCCGGAAGUGAAGAUGCCAGCCCCGGAAGCAAGCUAGGGGAGGACGAAAAAGCUCACGGCGAACAUAUAGAAAAUGUUACGGACUCCCUCGCUAAAGAGGAGGGAGAUAAGAAGGAAAGUCUACCUAAACUCGAUACCAGUCAGACUGGCCAAAGCACGGAAGGAAAGAAGGACGAAACCGCCACUCCGCCGCAAUUGAUGGUUACCCCCGAAACUCCAGCGCCUACAAACGAUGACGACGGAGAUUCUAAGCGGAUCGGGCAUAUCAACAUGGAAGAGAAGCCGCAAGAAGUCACACAAUAA